AUGCCUUGCUGUGAAUUAAUUACUAAUAUAAAUAUCCCUGAGGAUAAUGUUGAAGAUACAUUAAGUCAAUUGGAAAAUGCUAUAUCUAAUGUAUUGAGUAAGCCUAUUAGUUAUAUUAUGAGUAAUUACGAUUAUCAGAAGAAUUUAAGAUUUGGAGGAAGUAAUGAAGGAUUUUGUUUUGUUAGAUUAACUAGUAUAGGUGGAAUUAAUAAAUCAAACAAUUCAUCGUUAGCUGAUAAGAUCACAAAAAUCCUUGUAGCAACUCUAAAAGUUAAAUCGAGAAGAGUUUAUGUAGAAUUUAGAGACUGCUCUCCUCAAAAUUUUGCCUUUAAUUCAUCUUUAUUUGGAUAA